AUGUCGACUCCGGCCGCAAACUUGGGAGACUUCCUUCGAGUAUUGAUGGCAGUGCAGGCUGUGCUCCUGACAAAAACCCAAAAACUGCGCCAAACGCCUCGGCACAUCCGCAUGUGUCUCGAACUCAGCCGUUUCGACUUCGAAUUUGAAUUCAUUGCUGGCAAGAACAACACCCUGGCCGAUUCGUUGUCGCGUCUGUGGGAGGUCAAGCAGGGUUCACACGAGGAUCAGGUCAAGGAGAAUGAGUUGGAGGACAUGUUCUUUGAUGGAGAACGCCACGAAUUCACUACACCCGGUGAGAGCCUCCCUGAGGAACGUCCUUGCACUUCACCAUCUCCCGAUCGGUUGCCUCCUGUUGAUUUUGCCCUCGGGCCCCAACACGACGAUUGCGAGGCAGGCUCUCCCGGAUACUACGCGCUCAAGGAGGAAUCGCAAGACGAGGACGUGAAUGGACAGGAAUUAGGGAAUUUGUUCUUGAAGGAAGAAUGCCACGAGUUCAUUACGCCCGGUGAGAGCCUCCUCGAGGAACGUCCUUACACCUCACCUUCGCACGAUCGGUUGCCCCCUGUUGAUUGCGCCUUCGGGCCCUGGGGUCACGGUUACGACGCAGGCUCUCCCGGUUCCCCUCAUCUGGCCGAGAACAUUAUGGACGCCGUCGAUUGGUCUAUCGGCCGCUAUGAAAGAACAAUAUACCACUGCACCAAAAGGCGAGGCACCUCUACUUCAGUGAGCGCAUAUUGUCCUAGAAGUGAGAUGGAGUGA